GAGAGUGCCAGAGAGUGAAAAAAGAAAAAGAAAGAAAAAUUCAAAAGAACUAAAAAGCCUUGGUUUCUCCACCACCGCUCUCUCUCUCUCUCUCUCUCUCUCUCUGGGAAGUUCGAAGAAGAAAACGAAGAAGAAGAAGAAGAGGAGAAAUCUAGGGUUUUCUACAGAUCCAGGGUUUGGGAUUCGGAGGGCAUCUUGAUCUGUGAAAAACGGUGCGUUUCCAGGAAGAGGAAGUGAAGGAGGAACAGGAUGGAUGCGGUCCCUUCGAACUCACAUGGGAACCUGGAUGAGCAGAUUGCCCAGCUCAUGCAGUGCAAGCCCUUGUCCGAACCAGAGGUAAGGGGGCUCUGUGAGAAGGCCAAGGAGAUAUUAAUGGAAGAAAGCAAUGUCCAGCCUGUGAAAAGCCCUGUAACUAUUUGUGGUGAUAUUCAUGGACAAUUCCAUGAUCUUGCGGAGCUUUUCCGCAUUGGAGGAAAGUGUCCAGAUACGAAUUAUUUGUUUAUGGGAGAUUAUGUGGAUCGUGGCUAUUAUUCAGUUGAAACAGUGACACUCUUGGUUGCCUUGAAGGUGCGUUAUCCUCAACGUAUUACUAUCCUAAGAGGAAAUCAUGAAAGCCGUCAGAUUACUCAAGUUUAUGGUUUUUAUGAUGAGUGCCUACGGAAGUAUGGUAAUGCCAAUGUUUGGAAGAUCUUUACAGAUUUAUUUGACUAUUUCCCUCUGACAGCAUUGGUUGAAUCUGAAAUUUUCUGCCUGCAUGGUGGACUGUCUCCAUCCAUUGAAACCCUUGAUAAUAUACGUAAUUUUGACCGUGUACAAGAGGUUCCUCACGAGGGUCCCAUGUGCGAUCUUCUAUGGUCUGACCCUGAUGAUCGCUGUGGUUGGGGUAUCUCUCCCAGGGGUGCUGGAUAUACUUUUGGCCAGGACAUAUCUGAGCAGUUCAAUCACACAAAUAACUUAAAGUUGAUUGCUAGAGCACAUCAGCUGGUCAUGGAAGGAUAUAACUGGGGUCAUGAACAAAAAGUCGUCACUAUAUUUAGUGCACCCAACUAUUGUUAUCGCUGUGGAAAUAUGGCAUCCAUCCUUGAAGUCGAUGACUGCAAAGGUCACACAUUCAUUCAGUUUGAGCCAGCUCCAAGGAGGGGAGAGCCAGAUGUGACCCGAAGAACACCUGAUUACUUCCUAUAAAGAAACUGCCAAAUCAGUUGCUGAAUUACCUGCUGUGGUUGCCUGGUAGAAGGUUUAUGUAUCGAGGGCUCUAGUUAACUCUAAGAUUAUAGUUUCACAAUAGUGGUGGUCGGUUGCGGAAAAUCGUGUAAGAUUGGCAGGUGAGGGUUCCUUGGAUUGUGCUCGAGUCUCUGCAAAAGGAAGCAUCCGAGGUGGUGACACUGUUGCAGCAUAUGUACCAUUUCCAGCAAACAAUGUGGCAUCGUCUGUUCUGAUUUUUCUUCUCUACUUUUUUUUAAAAAAAUUAAUUAAUUUUUCUGUAGAAGGAUGGUAUUUUUGGGGGUUGGUGAUCUGUAGAGGGAUGAUGAGCUCACUUCCUAUAAUGGGUGCUUUUAUUAUUUUUUCCCCUUAGUAAUGAAUACAAUGUUCUCCAAUA